UGUACUUUGACCGAUGAACAUCUCCAACAUAAGGUACCGAGUCCUAAUCAACAACCCGACACACCCGGCAACGCCAUGGCUCGCCUGACAGCCGGCAUAACGACGACGCCGUCAUUCAGACAGCGUGUCGAUCCGCUAACAGACCUCAGUCUGCUGUUAAGCCGGCUGCAGCGCACGAUACUCCACGGCGACGCAGAGCGCGAGGCACGACUCCGCUCGAGCGAGUUCGAGAGAGCAAAGGCACAGGCGAAUAUCAACUACGCGCGGUCACUCCUCACCAAGCUCGAGCAGGAAGCCCUGGCGGUCAAGAUCCACGCCCGCCGCCAGGAUGUGCAGGCCGAUCUGGUGCGGAAACGUGAGGUUAUCGACCAGUUAACAGAAAGGCUCGGCGAUCUGGCCGAAAUUGCCGCCAUUACUAGCAACCACAAUGGCGACGACGGAGACGACACCUCAGAGGGGGAGGACAUCCUGGCCGACAUCAUCGCCACGCCAAGCGAGAGCAUGGACUCGACAAGGUCACCCGAUCUGGCGCCGCAGCAGCCAGACGCCGAUGGAGAUCAAAUACCAGACAAUGUAGAGCCGCCGCCGCCUCCCUCACAACCGGAAGAAGCCCCCGCAACCAAGCCAGCAAUUCCUUCAACCACAACCGCAACCACAAUCUCCCCUUCCUUAGAGCCCACAACAACCUCGCAAACCCUCCGUCCCCGGCAGACCGUACCACCGUCAAACCAACCUACAGCAACAACAACAGCAAUUUCAACCUCCACCACCACCUCCUCCAUAUCCGCCAACGCCACCACCACCGGCAGUAACAGCAGCGCCCUCUUCGGCAACCACUCCGCCAGUGAAGUAGCAGCAACCUCGGUAUCCACGACCGAAGCGAUCCUCGACCACCAGCGGGCCGAGCAGGACGCCCUGUCCGAGUCCAUCCUGCGGCUGGCGGAGCAGCUGAAAGCCUCGUCACAAGCCUUUUCGGCCUCGCUCGAGGAGGACAAGGAACUGGUCAACCGUGCGGGGGAGGGUAUGAGCCGGGCCGGCGAGAGCAUGCAGCGGGUGUCGCAACGCAUGGGCGCUCUGCAGCGCAUGGUUGAGGGGGAGGGGUGGUUUGGGAGGAUGAGGUUGUACGUGAUUAUCUAUGGGUUGAUGGUUGUGUUGGUCUUGGUGGUGGGGGUUAUGCCUAAGUUGAGGUUUUGAUUUUACUAUGUAUGUGUGAGUGGCUGAAACGGUUGUUGUGGUGGAAAAGAAGCGGGUGGUUGAGAUUAAGGCGUUGGACAGGACCGGGACUCAAACUCGGGAGCGGGCGGUGGGCGUUAUGGUACAUGUCUGUCUGCGUGUGUGGGUUUAUAAUUGUCUGUCAGGUGAUACGGAGUUUAUCCCAUGGGUGUCGAAUGUGGAAAUCAAGGGUUUGCCAAUUUUGCUGUCUACUUACUAAGAUCCCUGAGCGCCAUUACUUCUCCCUUCCUAUGGGAAGUGCUGUGUUCUCCU